AUGACCCGGACGUUUGGAAAAGCAGCAGCCAUGUCAGACGAGGAAGGCACUUCAAUCUCAACCACAACCAACGCCUCCGAGUUAAAGCUUCCUCAUUUCUGGCGCAAAAACCGAAGGGUGUGGUUCAGCAAAGUCGAGGCCCGCUUCCAGCUUCGACGCAUCACAUCGCAGGAGUCGAAAUACCUCCACGUCGUUGCUGCACUGCCACCUGCCAUCGCUGACGCCGUAGACGAUGUGCUCGUCUCCACUCCAUCGGAUAAGGCCUACGACGAACUAAAAACCACCGUCCUGAAACGUCUUGAGGUGCCCGGACAGAGCAGGCUGCAACAACUAAUGUCUCAUGAAGAGCUCGGUGACCAGCGUCCGUCGCAGCUACUUGACCGAAUGAGUCAGCUGCUGGGCCAACAAGCGUCAGAGGAGCGUCAACAGCCAUUGCUUCACGAGUUGUUUUUGCAUAGACUGCCACAGUCAACACGGAUGAUACUCGCUGGCUCGGACGACAUGACUCUCGAGCGUCUGGCUCAACUCGCCGACCGCAUCACCGACUGCACCGAGCCAUCAAAAAUGUCUGUCGCUGCAGCGGGAAGGUCCGAACAUGCAGACCGGUUAGGUUGCUUAGAGGACAGAGUUGACCGACUGGCUGCAGCAGUUGAAAACCUCGCCCUGUCCAACAAACACCGGCUGCACGGCAUCGUUCGCCGUCCAAUGCUCGAAGCCCGCAGCAGCGCGGCCACUCAAGCGAGGCAGAGCAGAGCGUCUGCUGGUAUUACCGCCGUUUCAGAGAGCGAGCCACUCGCUGCACCCAACCAUGCUCGUGGACGAGAAACGCGCCGGCCUGUCGCUAACGGCGGAAUGCGACACGGGCCAUCGCUCAAGCCGCCUCUUCUUCGUUGUAGACCGCAUCACCGGCACACGCCUCUUUGUCAAUACCGGAGCUGA